CGUCGGGUCAUUCAGACGUGAUGAUGGGUCUGCCUCGCCGUACGCGAAUUUUUCUCCUCUGGAAUGUACAGAGUUUGAUGGAACUAGAGGGUAAACCCGAUGUCCGGAAGGGAUAAGGGGAGGGAACCAAAUCUGACGAGCAAGCGACAGUAAAGCAAUGUCAACAGAUGAUCGAAAGUUGCAGCAGUCAACUCGUAAAAUUGGAGAGAGAGAGAGAUUUAACGCGCACGAUGACACGGCACGUUCUCAGGAUGUAAGUGAGGAUGAGAAAGACUUUGAAGCUCAAACUACAGCAACUUCACUGCAUUUAACAGGCCUGCAGAAAAGCAGCAGAGAUUUGCAGAUCAAGCAGAUCAUACUACUCAGGUCCAACAAAGACUCCAGCAAGACAUCAGAGGAUCAAAACGAACCUUCCAGAUUCACCGCUGUCCUCUCUUUCCGUCUUCCCACCAAAAGAAAAAAAAGAGACACAGCAGAGGACACAGAAGAAGCACUGCUGAAUGACGCUGACAUUGACGAGUCACAUGCAACGCUAAGGAGAACAGCUAAUAAACACCAUACAGAGCUAAGGGACGGAUUUUCAAAUUCAGAGAUUUAUUUUAAGGACGGGGAUGGGCCAAAAUCACCUUUUGAUGAAAACAGCUUUUCCAGUCCACAACGUCAACAUGGACUUACCACACCUUACCAGGGACAAGAUACAGGAAUACAACACAACAUACAUGAACGAACACAAAUAGCCAACAACGACUCACAGAGACAUUCAACUCUACAGUCUAUUUGUGUCAUACGACCAGAAUUCAGCAAGGGGACAAAUGCAAACAAGGAAUCUGGAGCCACUGACCACAGAGAAAUUGUUUUAACAACUCCACAUUACAACAGUCAACUAACAUUGCUUGGAAAAGACAGCAGUCUAAAAGCAAGCGCUGAUAGGAAGCUCUUUACAUGCCGUUCAGAGGUACAAAGCCAGGUGUUAUCAUUACCCCCUUUUCCGCCUUCUGGACGUAGCCCUGAUCCAGAACAAAAUCAUCUCAAUCCUGCCUCAGCUAUGAUUGCAUCCGCCCUGGUCUCAGUUCUUGUACCACCUUGGAGUGGCCGCCUUAGAAGACCCAAACAAGGAGGCAAUGAGGUAGAACAGGAAUCACGAGAUUGUGGACAGAAUGCCAACCCAUCUACCUCACUCCGCCAAGACCCCCGUCAACAACCGUUUCUUUCCUCCUAUAGACCACUAGCUGAACGUAUGAUGCAAGAACCCAAUGACAACGACACUACUGGAACCAGCUACAGUUCUGUUGAAUGGCAAAAAGAGAAUAAUUCUCCAAACAUCACAACUACAAUUCAGUCUAAGAGAGCUAUAAUGAAAACGUCUUCUGUGGACACAUACAGAGCCACGAUGUACAAUGUUGCAGAAUUACACCGUGUUCCCACAACUCUGGACACUGGUCAGGUACCCAAGUCAUCCCUGUAUGAGGAACAUCAAGGACACAGGAUGUCAACAACUAAAGAUCAAAGUGAGUCUUUCAAAUCAUUGAGCUCCAAGCCAACAACAAGCAGCCUACUUCUGUCAUUGAGGAGGGCAAAUUUGAGUAGGCUCAAUGAGGAGAGCACACAAAUAAAGACUCCGAUAACUCGGUCUGUCAGGUCCCUUACAUUGCCAAGCAGAAGUAUAUUAAAGAAUGCGCAGUCGUACACCUCUAUUUUUUGUAGUGAGGAAGCCGGUGAUACAACUGAGCCCUACUCAUUUCCAGACACUCCUUCAAGAACAGAGGAAAUCUCAGAUAAUUGUUAUUUCUUACCUAGAAGUAAAAGGGUGAUGACAAGGCCGUCCCUGUUUCUAAACAAAACCGAUUCAGAAAUUUCAAAGAAUCCAGAGACUUUCAUUGCAAGAGAUGAGGAGCACAUUUCCCUCAACUCCACAACCAAAUCCAACCUGCCUGAAAUUCCCGAACCUCAGCGGCAUUUUCGUUCCUUAAAUCAUUUGAGCAAAUACACCAAAAUAGACGGUGGUGAUGCAAUGGAAGUAUUUAAUGCAAAAAAUGCAAACCAGCAAAACUUGAAUAUAAACAAUAAUCCAGACACUUUCUCCCAAAUUUCAUCAAACAAUAGAACAAAUUUGAACAUAGAUGUUCCACGGACAGGCUUUAAUGGUGGACACCUAAAGUCACAAAAUAUACCAGAGAGCAAAUCUAUAGCUACAAGAACCUUCACAGACACUCUUAAAUUCUCACCCAGGAAAGAGAACUUUUCCGUUGAUGGAAUCAACACAACAAAUGUAGGGCAGACAUAUCAGGACACUGGAAAGAAAGCUUCUCAGUCAAGUCAAAGCCCAAUGGAUCUUUCAAGUCCUCUGUCGCCAAGCAGACCUACGAAAGGUUUUCGUGUUCCAAGCAUCUAUUCCUACCUAAGAGAGUCCAGCCCAGCAGUUUCAACCACUAAUGUCCCUUCAACUCCUUUUUUACACAUACAGAGAGCUGAAAGUUUUUCCUCUCCAAUUCAAGGUGGAGGUGAAAUACUGCCGGGUGACAGAAAUACUGUUCCCUCAAGAUUUUCUUUUGACAUCGGCCCAUUUGACUCACACCCAUUGAAAAAAAGCUCUUCCGGUUCUCUUACCAGCCCAGCUCAAUCUCUGCCCCCUGAUUUUGGAAGAAAAUCAGCACCCCGUCUUAGCACUUCUCCAUAUUCCUCUCUCAUCUCCUCAAGACUUGCACUCAACAGCACUUUACAAAGUCUGUCCUCUCCACCACCAGCCAAACCACAGGAACAAUCUACAUCAGAUGAUACCAUAACCAUACGUGUUUACCCUAUUAAACUUCACCCAAGUCCUUCUUCCUCCAUGUACAAGAACGUAACAAAGAGACCAAAGGAACACCUGGGUUCUCCUGACAGAGAACAGAAGACAGGCGCAGCAAACACUACUCAGGCUUAUUUAGGUGCACCAGAUGAUCACAAACCUGCCCAGCCAUGUCUCGCACAAACCGUACCACAAAGUUUUUUCACAGAAUGCCAAAGUGCAAAUAUAACCCCACACCAAAGUCAGCAACGUGAGGAACAUGAGGAACGUAAAGGCUCGAUGGCAGUUCAGCUUAAUAAGGAUCAUUCUCAUUCUAAGCCCAGGCUGAACCUGAAAGAGAAUACGGUAACAGCCGAAAGUAAGCCUCUGCUUGAAGCCGAGAAGGAGACUACAGAUUUGCAACAGCAUGAGAGAUUGCAGGAAAUUCCUUAUUCAAAGAGAGGCCUAUUUGCAUUGCGGGCUAAGAAAGACAAUGUUUUUAUGGCAGACAAAGAUGAUGUUAAUCCUCAGUAUUUGAAAACCAAAAGAAAUACACCAGUAUUGAAAACAAGCAGCAGGAUUGACCAGAUGCUAAGUCGCUUAAAACAGACAUUUGGUGGCAAAAGUUCAGACAAGACUGUUGACACAAAAACUGGUAAUGCCACCAAUCAGAAACUCUUGUACACUGAGACUUCUGAAAGAGAUAAUAGAGAAGAGAAAAGGUUGAUUAAUGACAAAACAACUUUGAAAUCAUUGUCACCAGAAACAUUGGUGAAAUCUGAGAAUAAGCUAAAUGCGGAUGUCCAAAGCAGGAUAAUGGGUGAAAAAACAUGUUUUCGGAACUCAUCUUUGACCAAUGAUGACGCAUCUUUACCUUCGUUGGAAUCAUUAUCACCAUUAACAUUUAGAAAAACUGAGAAAACGUUAAAUGUGGACGGGCAAAGUAGGAUCAGGAGUAAAAAAACAUGUUUUGGGAGCCAGUGGGAAGCUCCAAAAUCACCUUUGACUACUGAUAAAGUUUCUUUGAAGUCAUUAUCGCCACUAACAUGUCGGAAACAUGAAAAUCAACUUAAUGUGGAUCGCCCAAAAAGGUGGAGUGAUGAACUUGAAAAACAGUCGUACAGCGGCAGCAAGCACAGGCUAAAUCUCCAUACGAUGAACCGCUCUGCCACUUUACCACAUUACCGAAACUCAUCUUUCAGUCCCUCAUCAACCUCUUGUCUCUCUGAUUACGAUUCAGAAGACAUUCAGAACGACAAUGUGUUUCAUAGUCCGGUGAGCAAAAAAAGCAAUUCGCUCUGUGAGUCUGACAUUGUUCCGCAACUGAGCUAUGCUAAGAGUAACGUGCCUCAAAACCUCACAAGAUCCCGCUUGUCGUCUUCCUGUGCGGAUUUAAAGUACGGUCUGAAUUAUGGGAGAUCUUUCUCUGUCAGCAGUGUUGUUUCAAGCCGCCCUUCAGGUCCAGGACGAAUCUCAACAAGUAGCGUCAGUGACCUAUCAAGUUUAGAUGACUUCAUGCCCAAAGGAUUUGGCUCACCGAACAAUAUCAGCUUUUCCCCGACCUAUGGUGCCAAUCCCGUCACCAAUAUUCCAUCCCAUUUUGGAAAUACAGAUGAUCAUGUUCAGAAUUUAGAUGAACAAGAGGGCUCGUCAUGCCUCUGGGACAAUGCAGACCCAACUCCGCCUCCCUCUCCAACUUUUUCUCCAUCUCCCCGUCGCAUAUCCCAAGCUCUCGCUGUCUCCUCCCCGGUCCGGACAACUCCAGAAAGUCCUUCUCGUGGACUGCUACCAUCAAGGAGCUACUCAACCAGCCUGACUGUUUUUGAGGAGUCUGGUUCUGAUACAACCACUGAUGACGAAUACUAUCUUGAGAAUGGCGAUGAUGACAUGGAAACAGAACUUUAGUCAAAGUAUUAUGCGUUAUAAUUGUUCGAGUUCAUUAUUUGGUUAUACAUUGGACAUUUAGAAUGUGUUUUUGUCUGUGCACUGGAUCUUCAAUGAGAAUUAGCCUAAAAUCAAACCAAAACAAGUUCAGGGAAACUGAAUCUUUAUUGUAAAAGCAUCUAUUAAUUACAUUUGCAAAUCCUGCUCAUACUGUAGUCCAAGAAUCAUAUUUGUGCAUCACAGAUGAGUGAGGACUGUAUUAAUUUCCUAUGUUAUACAUAAUUAAAACAAUUUCGAGCUUUUUAAAUAUACAGGAAAUUAAACAAUGUUUGAUUAUGAAUGUAUUUACAGUCUUACACAAUGUUGUUUUAUGAGGGAUUUUUGUGUUUUUAGUAAUGAGUUUUUUCGAUGGCUACGUAAUUUCUUUUGUAAAGAGUUCAUAGACCAUUUCGCUGUGUUCACAUUUGAAAGCACAGCAUGACAGUCACAAUAUAAAUCUCUCAGACAUUCUGCACUAAGCAGCCUUGGUUGGCUCAACCACAACAUAACCAAACAAUGUUUAACACUGUGUGCGUGUUUACUUAGUUAUACAAUUCAGAAAGAAAAGUAUGCAUCGUCAGAGUUUGUCUAUGGUGAUCAUGAUUAGAUUUAAAAGCAAAUGUUGUGUAUGGUGGUUCGUCACCAUUUGAAUAGCAAAGUAAACCUGAAUGUGUUUGUCUUUGAUAAUGUUUGGAUUAACAGGAAAUAGUUAUAAUAUAUAUAUUAUAAUUAUAUAUAUAUAUAUAUAUAUAUAUAUAUAUAUAUAUUACCAGAAUUAUUGCAUUUGUUUGCUUAUUAGAAACCUUUACAUAAUAUUUACAUUUAUUUUCGAACAUAGGCCUAUUUUAAUGCUCUGCUUCUUGAGGAUUACGAGAAUCUCUUGACUGUCUAUUACAUAUAUAAUAAUAAUAUUUAUAACAAAAAUGUAAUAUAUUGAAUAAUUGAUGUUUUGUUGGAACAACAAACUCAUUGGCAUACAUGUUUGAAAAUGUAUACUGACUAAUAUAGUUAAAGUAUGAAUUGUAAAUAAAAAAAAACAUCAGAAAUGGCGCUUAAAAAGAACCGCUCAAGCUAAUUUCCUUAGUGUAGCCUCACAUUAACUAUGUCCUCGGUCAACACAGGUGAAAAAUCCUAAAGUUAACCGUCUUCUAAUAACACAGAAUUACAUGAUGUCAGGCUGUAAUUGUUUUGAAUCAUGUCACAACAUGUCAUGUCACACAUUAAAUAUGGCUAUUUACUCAGA